CUACGCUAGUACCUAAUAAAUAUUACAUAUUUAAUUAUAAAAAUAAUCAUAUUUUUCGUAAUUUGACAUAAUUAAUUGGCAUAUUGGCAACUCUGUUCUCGGUUGCGGUCGUGAGUCGUCGGCGACGAGUGUGCUCGUCUGCUGUUGCCGUUUCAUUUUUGGCUGGCAGUUUUUUUAUAAUAUUGGUGUUGUAGAGUGUUUUAUGAUGUAAAAUAUUAUUUAAUUUUUUACACAAUGGAGGAAAUAACCUCGGGUUUAGAUCCCGAUGAAUUGAUGGAUCUAGAUGAACCUGAAGGUUCUGAUUUAGAGGAUGAUGAAGAAGACCUUAUCGAUGAUCAUAUUUCGUCACCAUUUAUUUUAUCUUCUGCCCCAGAAUCUACUGCAAACUCUGUUGCCUCAUCUCCAAUUAGUGAAGAUUGUCAUCCACCUUUUAAUUUUACAGGAAAGCCUCUUAAUGUUAAACGGGGCAGAGGAAGACCUAGACGAGAAGGAGGUAAGCCUACUGCACCUCGAAGUUCACGAGGAGGUAUGUCAAGUGUAUCUAGAGUGAGAAAACCUAGACCUCCGGGUUUUUCAAGAAGAGGUGCUUUGGGAAGUAGAAGUAUAAGGCAGGUAGAUAGGUCGGAUUAUGAGUUAUCUCUCUUUACUCCAUCACCAAUUGAAGAUAACGGGUUUCUGGACCCAGAAACGGGUUCAAUCAUCUAUUCUGAUAGAGAAAAAUAUAUUCCAUCAAUAGAAGAUCCGCCAUAUUUUCCGGAACACUGGCCAGGAAAAGUUUGUGCCUUGUGUAAUUUAGGAGAGAGAAGUCAAUUGGGGCAAGGAGAACUGUUAAGAUUGAACUGUCCAGAUGGAUUCUCCCCACAUAAGGUCGCCGCUGAACAAAUAUUAGAAAGAGCCUUGCAAGCUCCCGAUAAAGAAGCUGGCGACAAAAGUCCUAAAGGUCCUGUAACGUGCAGAAGACAAAAAAGUUUUAAUAAAUGUAGACACCCUUCCAUGACCAGCGAAUACAUUGACGAAUUGACUAUUAUUGGAUAUAAUGAAGUGCCUGAUGUAUCUAGCUUGUUUGAACUAAAUGGGCAAUUUUAUAUUCACCGAAAUUGCGCUUUAUGGUCUCAAGGAGUUACCAAAGCAGAAAAUUCAGCUUUGUUGAAUGUCGGCCCUGUUGUCUUGCAAAAUUCUUCCAAAAAGUGUUCGUUCUGUAACCAUUACGGAGCAAGCCUCGCUUGCAAUAAGGACGAAUGUAAUAAAAUCUAUCACUUUCCUUGCGCAACUGCUUCUGGUGCCUUUCAAGAAAUUUCAUCUUCAGCGACUUUGUGCAGCGAUCACUUUGGGCAAGUUGCGCUGCUUAAUAACGCAUCUCCAUGUUUGACAUGUGGAAGCAUGGGGGACAUUGCAAAUUUAAUGUUUUGUUCUGGUUGUGGCGCCCAUUACCAUGGAAUUUGUGUCGGUUUGGCUCAAUUACCAGGAGUACGAUCUGGUUGGCAAUGUCGAAAAUGCCGAUGUUGUCAAGUUUGCCGCGUGGUGGGGGACGAAUCAAAAUUGAUGUCAUGUGAACAAUGUGAUAAAGUUUACCACGCUGGCUGCCAAAGACCCAUUGUUACUUCAAUUCCAAAAUAUGGCUGGAAAUGUCGGUGUUGCAGAGUAUGUGGAGAUUGUGGUGCAAGGACUCCCGGGGCUGGCUUAUCCUCAAGAUGGCAUGCCCACUAUACAGUCUGUGAUUCUUGCUACCAACAAAGAAACAAAGGAUUUUCUUGUCCUUUGUGCCACAAAGCUUAUCGCGCCCAUGCGCAUAGAGAAAUGGUUCAGUGUUUCAGUUGCAAAAAGUUCGUCCAUGGCACUUGUGACGCCGAUGCAGACGUUAAUACCUACAAUCAAAAGAAAGAUAUGAAUCCUGAAUAUGAAUAUGUAUGCCUUCACUGUAAACAUAGUACUGCGCGCCAAAUAACUUCUAAAAGAGCAAGCAUAGAUGAUUCAUAUGAUAUUUCCGUUUCCCGCGAUUCUCUAUACGAUGAUACUUCGGAAUUUGAUCUCCCGUCGCCAGAUGAAUUCGCUCGAAAUAUGGGAUUGGGAAAAGGAAAACCUUACAAUGCUAGUAAGAUAGCUAAAAAACGACUUAGUUUCACUGUUAACAGCGUUGGUAGACCAAAGGGUACUGGAAAAGUACCACCGGGAAAGAUGGGAUUUAUGAAACGAUCCCGAUUAACAGAUUUCAACCGAAAACGAGGACACAAAGCUAAAAUGAGGGGUAUUUUCGGAGUUCCCGGUGUUGGACUUCAACGACCGAUUUCGGAUGGAAAGAAUGACGAAGAACCGGGCGUAGAGAAUCGAUUGGUACUUUGUUCCGCCAAAGAUAAGUUCACUUUGACACAGGAUAUAUGCGUUAUGUGUGGAGCGUUCGGUACUGAUCAAGAAGGGUGUUUGAUUGGAUGCGUCCAAUGUGGGCAGUGUUAUCACCCGUAUUGUAUUAAUGUAAAAGUCACGAAAGUGAUACUACAAAAAGGUUGGAGAUGUUUGGAUUGUACAGUUUGCGAAGGUUGCGGUCAACGCAACGAUGAAGCCCGUUUGAUACUUUGCGAUGACUGUGACGUCUCGUUUCAUAUUUAUUGCAUGGACCCUCCUUUAGACUACGUUCCGCACGGAAAUUGGAAAUGUAAAUGGUGUGCCAUAUGCCUGUCCUGUGGAUCUACCGAUCCAGGUUUUAACUGUACGUGGAUGAAUAGUACCACUCAAUGUGGACCUUGCGCUUCGCAUAUUAAUUGCCCGAGUUGCAAUGACCCUUACAGUGAAGGUGACCUCAUCAUUCAGUGUGUUCAAUGCGAACGAUGGCUACACGGUUCGUGCGAUUACAUAAAGAGCGAAGAAGAUGCCGAAAAAUGCGCUGAAGAAGGUUAUAAUUGUAUUUUGUGUCGGCCAAGAGACGUACCGCCUCCGCAUUUAAUACCGCCACCAAUUACGCCUAAGCCUCCGACGCCAACGAAAAGUCCUGAAGUUGGAAGGAGUACAAGUUUUUAUAUGGACGGAGUUUAUCUCAGCGAAUUCGGAAAUAAUCUAAUAAAAUCUUUGGCUUUAGAAUAUCAUGGAUCUAGGAAAAAGCGGAAGAAAAUUCCUACCGUUCAGGAUAAAGAAGCUGGUAUCAUGGCAACAAUUGAGUCGGUUGUUGCAGGUGGAAAUAUUGGUCCUACCAAUUUGGACGACAGUGCGAAACUCGAGUUAGUAGACAUUAAAGACGAACCACAGGAACUUUACAAGGAAGGUAUGACGUGGACCAAAGAAGACGGUCCGCCUCCAGAAGGUUUCGCAGUUGUUACCAUGGAAAAUGGUGUAAACGUCCUGCGACGUAAAAGACAACGUAAUCUUCAAAAGCUCGGCAUCGGCGGUUUCUUAGUUAGAAUGCGCGGUAUUAGAACCGGUCAAGAUAACGAUGACAUCGAUCAAUCUGUCGGUCAAUCUGGAUCAAUUACCAAUGAAAUUUCAACACCGUUACCUGGAGACGGCGAUAAGCCUAGAAGGAAAGCGAUUAGGAGAAAACCUAAAAAUAAAUUGGCCGAAACAUUUCCGACUUAUCUUCAAGAAGCGUUUUUCGGAAAGGAUCUUAUGGAUGUGGUCGAAUGCAAAAAGGAAGUUGACAGUUAUAGCAGUGAAGACGAAAAAUCUGAUAGUUAUUAUAAAUCUAUUAAUUUAUCACAGGAUGAAUUGAUAGCAGUCGCUGCUGUCUCAGGAAAAAAUGAACGACUGGAAAAUAUCAAUAAAGAUUAUACAAAAGAAAUGAAAGUUAACGCCCUAAAAGAAGAAGAAGAUGACGACAAUACGGAGGAUUUGAAAGAUGUUCUUGCUUUACCAGGCGAUUUACUGGAUACAGAUUUAGUUAACAGUAUUAUGGAAGAUGAUGAAGAACUUACUAAAAAUACCGCGUCGCUAGAAGGUUUAGAUUCGAACUUACAAGAUGAAUCUGAAUUGACAGAUACUUUGGGCAGUUCUGGAAAUUCAAAGGAAACCAAAGAUGAAUUGAGCGAUAUUCUUGGUCCACAUUUCAAUCUUGAUUCUAUUUCAAAUAUUAAUAGUAAAGAUGUAGAAGAUAUUUUUAAGGGUGUACUGACUGACGAGUCUCAAGAAUCGCAAGAGAGCAGCAAUUUUUCUUUGCAAGGCAAUAGUAUUUUUACUAAUAAUAGCAGCCAACAAAGCAUUGCUCAGCAUUCCAUUAUAAAUCAACCAGUUAGACCGAAAACCUUGCCUAAUGUUAAUCACGUUAACCUCAAUUCGCCUGUUAGUUUUCCACCACCAUCACCGUACCAUUCAGAAUAUAGCAAUAGUCCACAAUUUAGUCCAGCAUUUACUGAAUCGCCCAGCGCUUGGGUGGGUGUAACUGAAACUCCGGAAAUUGAUAGUACGAAUGUAGGAGUACCUUCGACGUAUAAUCAACGUUCUUCUGAAAAAAUGAAAGCUGAUGAGAGUUUGGGCAAUGGAGCCACCAUUUCCGCUGUCCUAUAUGCCAACAUAAAUCACCCAGAAUGGAAGAAAGAGUUCCCGAAUUGGUCAGAUAGGUACAAACAUAUAAUAAAAAAAUGGAGAACGUUAACUCAAGAACAGAAAGCACCUUUUCUUCAACACGCAAGAGACAAUCGUAGUCAGCUAAGAAUGAAAAAAGCUCAACAGUCACAGACCUCCAAGGACUCUACCUCUGCUACCACGCCCCCCAAUGUGACCAAGCCGCUUCAUGCCGCCCCAGCCCUAGUGACCACCCUCCAGGCAGUAACACAGCAGACCGUGGGGGUUUCCAUAGCCCCCACGGCUCCCGUUUCAGAGGAUCAAGAAAAAAUUGCGCUUCAACAAAAAUCCGCUAGGGAAGCUGAACAGGAAAGGCAGUGGAAGCAACUUCAGGCUUUGAGACAGCAGCAGACUCAACAACAGCAAAAUAUUAUACACGAACAGCGUGUACAAGCUAUUGCAAGAGUGCAACGCCAGAUAUCCACAGAUCCGACUCAACAGUUUUUGACAGAACAACAAAGUCCUCUUCAAGUCAAUACUCCUCAAGAACUAAGUCCGUCUACCACUCCGACGACUCCAAGUCCAAGGCAGUUCCUCGGCAUUAAGUCUCCAACAUUUCCUGUUCCUUCCUCCGUAUCGCAGAGCUCUGUCCGAUCUACCACUCCUUUGCAAUCUCCUCAUGACAUUUCACAACCCGGUACCCCAGAUGGUAACGAUCCUUUUAUUCAAUCACCCACUAUUCCUAAACCUAACUUUCAACCUAGGUUACCUAAUGAUCCAUUUGCUCAACAACCAGCCACGCCUAGACCGCAGUUCGGACUUUCAAGGCCACAAUUACAGAACUUCGGAGGCGCCAUCCGAACUGACCAACAAGACCUUAAUAUCAAUCGUCAGUUGAGGGACUUAUUACAGCGUCAACAAGUGAAGAAGUUAGAUGAAAUACCGGGAAAACUUCAACAGCAGAGAGUAUGGCAUCCGGUGGAACAGCAACAAGAAAACGAGGCUUCUAUAACGGCUCCUACUUCUACCUCAGCAGUUAGUACUGUGGCUUCCAUGUCGGAUGCAACGUUUCGUCAACCGUUACCUCCUAGUAUCGUGAAACCGAGACUAGCACUUUCAUUAGCUGGAAGGACGGCACCCAGUGCUGUGAGAGUAAGCCAGUUGGAUCCUAGAAUGCAAGGAUUGGAUCCGAGGAUGAGAUUAAUUCUGCAGCAUCAACAACAAAGAUUAGCUACCGGAAUUCAACAGCAAUUCAUUCGUUUCACCUCUAACGCACGUCCCACUACGGUAGAACAAUAUGAACAACUUCUACAAAGUAAUAAUCCUGGUCAAAUUCAUUCUGACGAACAAGUCAUACCUCGAAUGCCUCUUAAUCAAGCGAGCGUUAUACAGAGACCACAAAUCUCUCAGUCUGCUCCGACAAGCACGCCAACAAUCUCUAAUACAACUGAAAAUAACCCCAGCGAAGAAGGAAUUCCGGAUAAUGUUACAGCGGAGUUAGAAAAAUUAGAGCAAGAAACAGGUACCAUGGUUGAACUUCAGGGUGUUAGUGACAUAUUAGGUGGACUGGACGAUGACGACGAACUUUUGGCUGAGAUGGGUGCAGAUUUUAAUAUCUUAGAGUAUGCCGAUCCGGAAUUGGAAGCUCUCACGGGUGGUAAAACGAACAUCCUGGAUUUGGAACUAGAAGAAGAACCAGUUAAAAAAGAAAAAGUAGUAGCACCAAAUGCAAAGGAAUCCCCUUCUAAUUCUAUCUCCGCUAAAAGCGAUGCGAACGUUGAAACUAAAAUUGAGAAUAAUGUGCAACAAUCCAUUCCAAAACCAGUUCAAAAUCCGUUACCUCCAUCAUCGUCUCAUCAAAUUAUUCAGCAGCAAAAUAUUGCUCAACAUACUACUUCGAUGCAGGCUCAACAGCAACCACCACAUCCACAGCAACAAGCACCUCAUCCACAGCAACAAGCGCCACAUUCACAACAACAAGCGCCACAUUCACAACAACAAGCACCUCAUCCACAACAACAACAAGUACCUCAUCCACAACAACAACAACAACAACAAGUACCUGUACAAUCAACUAUACAGAUUCAACAGAUUCAUCAGCAAAUGGUCCAUCAAGUACAACAAGCUGCUGCUCAAGGUAGACCAAUGCCUCCAGGAUCAAAAAUGCAAACAACCGACGGGUUUGUAGGUAUUGUCAUGGCAAAUAACACCGUACAAUUGCAAAUUCCCCAAAAUUACCAACAAAGAUUACUCGUGUUGCAGCAGUUACAAAAUCAGAAAUUACAAAUGAGGAUUGGAGGCAAGCCAUCUAGAGCGGCUUUGCAGGUUGGUCAGAACCAACUUUCUGUAGGUCUGAAUUCGGGUCCACCUCGAAUGACAGUACCGGCUCCACCGCCCCCACCUCCGCCAUAUCCUGGUCCACCGCCGCCUUAUCCUGGAAACGCGAAUCAGCACCAGCAGGAGCAGCCUCUUUUAUUGGAAGACUUACUUGAGCAAGAAAAACGGGAACAGGAGAAACUUCAAAAUCAGCCUUCUAAUCAAGAAGUAUCAUCUUCCACGGGCAAUGAAAGCGAAUCGGCACUAUUGAGCGAUCAAGAUUUCGAACGUCUCAAAGCGGACGUUUUCAACAGCACCCCUGUAAACAGUAUAUCAUCCGUAAAUCAAGGAAAUGCUGGCCAAACGUCUCAAUCUUGGCAACAGCAGUUAGCACCAACUCGACAAGCGCCUACACCAGCGCCGCCGCCGCAGCCCACAAUGGAAAUUACUACUAGAGUUCAGAUGUUCAAUCCAAAUUUAAUACCUGCACCUCCGCUUCCACCUGAGAAUAUUAUUACUGAGCAAGAUAAGCAGACCCAGUUGUUGUACGAGCAGUGGUUAAAUCAUCAGCAUAACGCUUUGGCUCAACAACUGCAUUAUUAUGAAACUGAAGUACAAAAACUUCGAAAAAGUAGAAAGUCUUUAAAUAGUAAACAGCGGCAACUUAGAAAAUCUGGAAAUCAGUUAACGGAUACGGAUGCAGCGGAACUUCAAAGGAUAUCCGCUGAACAAGCGAUCCUCCAAAAACAUUUGGAAUCGAGUAGAAAACAGAGCCGUCAACAUGGAAUGCUGAUCCAGGAAUAUCGCAACAAGCAUCCUGUGAUUAAGCAGAGGACCGGAUCAGACCAAAUUCAGUCGCCGUUGGGACCGCCGGCGUCGUCUCCCAUUCAACAACCAAGUACUUCUUUGUCUCCGAUGUUAUCGCCAUCUGUAUCACCGAUGACUCAAAAUAGUUCGCCUCUGAAUAGUCCUGGACCUCUGAUUCCCUCGUCUCCAGGACACGUUCAAAAUCUUUUACAAAGUCCUAAUAGUAUAUCCGCUACCAAUAUGUCUCCUCUACAAUCAAUGCAGGCUUCUCCAAUGCAAUCUUCGCCUUUACAAUCUUCGCCUAGGAUAGGUACACCUCAUUCUCAAAGUGAAGAAAGUCCUGGCCCAAUACAAUCCCCAUCACAAGUAUGUCUUCCGCCACCGAUGCCAAGAAUGACUUCUCCUCAGCACAGAAGAGUGGUAACAAGUCCUGUUGGUAUGUCACAGAUGAGAUUUAUAAACAACACAGUAUUGCAACAACGCGUUCGUAUGCAAUCGCCAAUUCCAAAUUUCCAACAAAAGCCUGGAACGCCGUCUCCAUUAAAUAGUCCAACGUCGCAACAGAUAAAUGUUAAUCAACUACAAAUUCAAAAACAGCUUCAGCAACAAACGAUUUUGCAGCAACAACAGUUGCAUCAACAAACUUUGGAUACCAACCUUGUCGAUCCCAAUGCUCUUCAUUCUCAAAGAACAACGCAGCUGUUACAACACAGGAAUUUCAUUAGGCAACAAGUUACUCAGCAACAAAUUAUAGGUCAGCCACAAACAUUAACUCCUCAACAACAUCAGAUAAUGUUGCAGCAGCAAAAACAGUUAGCUCAACAGCAACAACAGCAAAUCGCUCAAAUGAACGCAGCUAGACUUCAACAGCAGCAGCAGCAACAACAACAGCAGCAAAAUAAUCCCCCUCAUUCACCGAUGCCCCCAAAGAGUCCAAUGAUUAUGUCGCCGCAUUCAAUGCCUCAUUCUCCGAUGCAAAUGCCACCGAAAAGUCCAAUGGUAUCUUUUAGUUCUAGUCAACCGAAUCCGAAUUCCCCUGCUGCUAGAAGUCCAGCAUUUCAUCAAGGAAUGAAUCAACCGACGAGUCCCAUAACCCAUGGACUCAAUCAACCUCCCAGUUCGCCUAUGCCUAGGAGUCCUAUGAUCAAUCAAACACAAUCGCCGCAUAUGAGGAGGCCGCCUAGUGCUAGUAAUAGUCCGGCGAUGCCUGAAAGACCUCACAGCGUUGAAAAUGCUUCACCUAGAAUGUCGUAUUCGAUAGACCAUUUAAUGCAAGACAAUCUGCACAGUCAAAAUCGAUAUACCGAUUCUGCAAAUCUUUAUAAUUCUGACAUGAAUAAUGAGAACAGCAUUAGAGAAUCUUUAUCGAGUGGUGGAGGAAAUCCAAAUAACCCUUGUAAUCCCAUACCUCUUCCACCCGAAAUUCCAAGAUAUCGUUAUUUCAAACUCGGGCUACGAGGAGGAGCGCCUAUGUGGGGUUUUGGAAGAGGCGCCAAAAGGUUACCUACACCUCCCAACGUACCUAACAAACCUGAUGAGAAAGUUACAAAUCAAGAAAGCUUAAUACAGAAAUUGAAAAAGGAAUCGCACUUAAGUAAAGUAUCGAUUCUUAAAAGAAAAGGUUCUACGUCAUCGAUGGGAAAAAUGGGGUCUUUAGUAAGCUCCGAUUAUAACGACUUAGACGACAGUUCUUCAACGCCGCCCGUAACUCCUCCUUUAGCGUCGACGAGUAGAGGUACGCUACCAAAAAUUACUUCUAAAAAAACUAUGGAACAUCAGGGCCAAAAAGAGUCUGUAAUCGUUAUGCACAGUCCUGAUAAUAAACAAUUAGAGAUGAUGGACUAUGAUGACGAUACGAAUACAGUUCUAUCAGCUGAAGUAUCUCUAAGUUCUGUUGCACAAAAUGACGACGAUAUGGUGGAGAUUGAGACUCUUUCGCAACAGGACCUCGCCGAAGGAUUGGCUAGUCCUUUGGAAUCCGAUCAAAUAGCUGAAGAUUUUCUUCUAUUUCCCGGUAAUAUGGUAGUCGAUUUAUCAGGCGGAGGACAUUAUUCCGAAAAGGAAGACGAAGAGGAACAAAACGAUGACGAAUUUAAUGAAGAAAACAUGCAUAUCGUUAUACGCAGUCCCACCACUAGCGACGAUGAAUUUAUCAUGCAAAGUAAAGGAAAGAAAUACAACGUUGAUGUACAUCACGAUGAACGAGAUGAUAAUCUCGAAUCACCGGAACAAGAAGAAUACACAGAACCGUCUGAAAUAGUAAACGAUAUGAUGACUAAUUACGAAGAAUCUGACGUGAUGCUUACAGAUCAAAACAGCAGCACUCCCGAAGAUUCUAUUUCGACGAAAGAAGACUUCGAGGAGCUAAUCGAUGAAGGUUCGCGCAAAAAUAAUAUAACCAAACAUGAUAUGCCGUCAAAGCAUAUACAAGAAUUUCAUAAAUACACAGGGAUGUUUAAUUAUCCCAAAAAUGAUACACACAGUAUGCGGCCGCAGCCGAAUAAAAUUCCGACGACGUCUAAAAAAAUUCCACAGAAAAUAUCUUUGGUUACUGGACCUAUUGUACAUACAUUGCCUCCCGUCAGUAAAUCUAACGCUGAUAAAAUUAUAAUUACUCAAAAUUCGAAUGUGUUAAACACUUCUCAAGCUUCUAAAGUUACCAGCAUCAUUUUAACUCACAAUUCUGCCAUGAGGAGGAAUAUUCUAAAUGUGCCGAAAAUAGUUAGCUCCGUUUCUCCAGCAAUAACUAUUGUUAGCGCCAGUACUUCCCAAAUGGCUUCGAUAUUGCCAUCCAAGUUUACUGUACCGGUUAUAAGCGCUAGCGCAGUCCGUCAGCUUUCCAACGUUAAAGUUAUAGAUAAACCAUCGUCCUCGUCUUUAUCGAUUUCGACUAGAGAUAACGCCCUUCCAAAAAAGAUAUUCGAAGAUGAUUCAGUUUCUCCAGAUAGUUCAAAUUGUGGCGAUGAAAAAUCGAAAGAUUCGUUUGACGAUAAAACCAACUCUCAAGAACCCAAAUCUAUGUUCAUGAAAACCGAUAAUUUAAAUACUUUACCUGUUAUGUCAAGAAAUAUGGAAUUUAAGUCGAAAAAUUACACUGACCAGCCGAAAAAAGUCGAGCAUCUUCAAGUCAUGAAUUUAGCGACAAAAGAUUUUGCUCAAAAGCAAAGAAUACCUAGUCCUUUAAUAUCGAAAACUUCUCCGCCUGUAAUUAUACAUAAUACACCGGAGCUGAAGAUGACGGCGCAAGUAAUUCAAGAAACGCAGACGCGUAUGAAAAUCACUGCUACUACAGACCAUUUAGAUCAUUACGACGGAUCUGUUGACGAUCAAAAAUCCGUCGUAAUAUCCAUACCAUCACCAACGCCUUCUCAAGAACAAAUGCUAGACAAUAUAGCGUUGCAAGCUCUGGAAAAUCGUAGAAGGGAAUUCGAUUCGAUAGAAGAUGUGUUAGAUAUGAUUGAAAAUAUAACUGCUGAACCACCUUCGAUUCUAGAAGAAAAUACUAGAGUCCGAAACACGGACAAUAACAGUAAGAUUGAAAUAAAAGAUAAUAAUGAUAUGAAGGAGAAACCUGUCACAAAGUCGGAAACGUUAAAUUUAUCGUCGAAUUCCAAAUCUUCAAUUGUGCCUCAAUUAUCUCCACUGUCCCAACCAACCGAUUUGACUACGAAUAUGGCUAAUGCAUCACAGCAACUCAGAACUCUAUUAUCAUCAUUACAAACCACUUCAACAUCGGCUCCGACAAACGUAGAAUCUGUGGUAAAAAAUUUUGGACACAAAAUUAGCAGUAGUACAUCUUCUGCUAGUCAACCGAUUGUCGCAUCUAGAGUUAUACAACAAGCCGGUAGACAUUCGCCUGUCAUUACGAAUGUUAGUACAGUUAUAGUUCCUAAUUUUAAACAAAAAAUCACCGUUACGUCCGCAAGUACGUCUAGAAGUAGUCCGGUGAAACAAGUAAGCAAUUCCGCUGUAAUUACGUCUACUCUAAAUUAUUUGCCAAGCAGAACUGUAGGUGGUAUACAGUUGAUGCCAGAUCAUCCCAAAUUGCCACCUGUAACGAGCGUACAGCAAAUUAAUUCUGUGACUUCGUCUCAACAGGCUACUGCUAUGCAAAAAAACGCACCUAAUGCUGAUAUUAAAAAGCCUUCAUUGACCCUAACGGCGAUGUUACAAAAUCAACCUGCUGCUAAUAUGAUGACUAAACCUUCGUCUGACACAAUAACGGCUGCCAGUCUUCUGGGAUCACCUAUCAGUUUGCCAAAAACUGGAUUUACUACGUCUUUAGUACAGGCUCAACCGAGUGUAGUAGUUCCAAAUACAUCAACAACAAUUGUAACAUUGCAGAACCAGAUAUCCACGGUGGGUAUCGCCGCUAAAACCACUGACACGAUCACAGCAGCAAGUUUGCUAGGUACGUCGAUAAAUAUUACGAAAACGGGAUUUACAACUGCUUUACUGCAAGCCCAGCCCAAUCCGUGUGUUACUUCUCUAUCUUCUAACGUUACAAGCUCUGCAGCCCUAUCGAACUCCAGCAAUAUCAUAACUAGUUCGACGCAUAAAGUUCCAACUUCUACUACGAAUUUAUUGCAUACGCAAUUAACCAAAGUUGUAAGAAGCAAAUCAGUUGAUGAUGUAAAAGACGUAAUAAUGAAGCAAGAAGAUGUUAAAUUAUCUCAUAACGAAAGUUUAAAUAUUUUGGAAGACAGUAAAGCAUCUGUUCUAGGGAAUAGUGGUUGUAAAUUAUCCACAAUCCCCACGCCUGUUAUAAAUAAAACUGAAGAUUCGCAAAACGUUUUACUGAAGAAACUACUUCAGAAUACCGCUUGUGCCAGCACUCAGUCUCCUCCACCUAGUUCGACUAGUACGACUACCACUGUCGCCAACAUUCCUAAACCUCCGAUACGAGAAACGUCUUUCGUUUCCAAUCCGAAUGUCGAACAACCCGUUUCCCAAGCAAAUUCGUCUCCGAUUGUAACUUCGCAACAAAUGAAUUUAAAGAAAUUUAUGCCUACUAACAGGAGUACUAGUAAAGAUGAAUUAUUAUCCCCGCAAACGCCUCGAUCAGUAAAUAACAAUCAAGAUUUAAAUAUACAAAUGCCGGCGAUAGUUAAAAAAGAAGUAAUACCGCCUCCGCAAUCGAGUCCCCUUUUGAUGCCGCUAGAAGUCAAGAAAGAAUUCAUCGACGAAUCGUCUCAGCACUCGGAAGUUUCGGAUCACAGUCGAUCGGAUGUUCAAAUUAAAGAAGAACUAGAAUCUAUAGACAAUACAGUCGAAAAAGUUUUGUUAGAUAAAGAAGAAAUAAAGAAGCAAAAACGGCGAAUGUAUCAACAAAAAAGGAGACAAAACCAGAUUCUUAAUAAGGAAUUAGCUGGUCAACCAAAGAAACGCCCUCGGAAGAAUUCUAAAAUCGAAGAAGAUUACGAUACUUAUAUCGAUGGGGUGCUAGCGCAAUUAAGACAGUUGCCUCCUAUUACCGUUUCUGAACCGGUGCUGAAUCGUAAUUUUGGUGUAGUACCUCUCUUCGGUUCAGGUGAUAUGUCUAAAAUUGGAACAAAAGACUAUUCAAUUCAGUUCGGGGAAUUAGUCGGUAAUUAUGGAUAUAGCGAAUUGCCGACGUUCUCGGACUUCUAUUCGACCAAACCCUAUGGCGAUUUGGAUCCGAUUCCAGAGAAAUCACCGUCGUCAACUCAGAGAGGUUUCUAUGACCAAGAAUUUCCGUUAAUCAGAUUCGAUACUGACGAACAUAAAAAAUUCGAUAUGUUCUGCAGAGAAGAUACGCCUGAUUCCAUACUGAGCAGUUCGUCUCCUGAAUGCGUGUUAAACGAACCGCAUUCUAAAUUUAUCGGAUUCAAACUGAUCACUGAUAGUGAAGAUGAGGAGGAAGAAACCGGCAAAGAAAUGUUAUCUCGCGGGAGAUUAUCUCCGGUCGUGCCUAUGAUUAGACCUGUUCCCAUUAAGCUGAAACCUGUUGGUGGAUUGUACGUUAAAGAAAAUCCUAAUGAGAAUAAGGAAAAUAUUCAAGAUUCCGUAAACGUCUUAACUAAAUCUAAAUUCGAUAAUAAGCAGUCACCGCCGUCGAACGAUUCUGGACAUGUCACAGUGACGUUAACACUGACAUCUUCGGCGGCAGAAGAUAUAAUGGGCGUAUUAAGAGAUUUGGCGAACAUUUUACACAUUCCUGCUCCAACUAGUUACCAAAUUGUAGAAAGAACGACUUCUCCGCCUAGUCAGAAGUUAGGCUUAUAUAGAACUAAAGGGAAAGAUGGCAAAGAAGGAGCUCCUAUCGACAUCCAGAGCAUUCUUAAUGGUGCUACGAAAUUCUGUAAACAUUGUGAUGUAAUCAUCUUAAGUAACAUUAUCAGAAGGAAAGUCUCUGAUUUGCCCUUCCUCGCUAAAGACUCCGAUCUCCUUAGUGACGGUGAAGAAUUGUUCUUUUGCAGCUCCACAUGUUAUAUGCAAUUCGCUUUGAUGCAUAGAUCGCCUUCAAUCUCCGAAGGCAAGGCUGCCGAAAUUAUAAAUCAUUUAUCUCAAAAGGACAAUUUGGAGGCGAAACAAAAGUUGCCGAUGAUGGAAUCUUUAGACAAUAAAUCGAUAAUAGCUCAAAGAUUGACUUUCGGAAUGAAGGAUGUGAAACGGGAAUUUGAACCGAUGGACACGAAUAAUCCGUUUAGCUAUUUUGCUCGUUCUGGCAUUAAACAGCCUAGUUUCUUUGAUGGUGUCUCGUACAAGCCGGCGCCUGUGAAAAUGUACAAAAAUAUUAAAUAUAAAUUGUGGGCUCCCGGUUGCCUUCAGCCAAAUCAGAAGCAUAAAAUACCAACUGAUAAGGAAAUUAUGGAAUUGUUAUAUAGAAUGCAGAUUACUGUUGCACCUUCAGUUAUGCCAGAAGAUUUUAGACGAUGUUUGUUUUGUCAAGGAAUUGGUGACGGAGUUGCAGACGGUCCAGCAAGACUUCUUAACUUCGACGUAGACAAGUGGGUUCAUUUGAAUUGCGGCCUUUGGUCGGACGGUGUUUAUGAAACGGUCAACGGAGCGCUGGUGAAUGUAGAAAAUGCAUUGCAGUCGGGUUCCGGUGCUUAUUGUAUACAUUGUAAUAAUUCCGGUGCUACUAUAAGAUGUUUUAAAAACCGAUGCUCCAGCGUCUACCACUUGAAUUGCGCUGUCAAAGAUAAUUGCGUAUUUUACAAAAACAAAACCGUUUAUUGUAAAACGCACGCGCCGAAAAACGAAAAGGACAACGAACUCACCACGCUGUCAGUGUCUCGAAGGGUUUAUAUCGAUAGGGAUGAAAAUAAACAAGUGGCUGCGGUCAUGCACCAUUCAGACUCUACUGAUCUAUUACGAGUCGGUAGUUUGAUAUUUUUAAAUGUCGGUCAACUGUUGCCGCACCAGCUACAGAAUUUCCACACUCCUAAUUAUAUUUAUCCGAUAGGAUACAAGAUCAUCAGAUUCUAUUGGAGCAUGAGACAAUUAAAUAAGCGUUGCAAAUACAUUUGUUCCAUACACGAAUUGUGUGGAAGACCUGAAUUUAGAGUUAUCAUUCAAGAGCCGUCUGAAGAAGAUCUCGAAUUCAGCGAUGCUACACCGAAAGGUGCGUGGCAAAAAAUCUUGGACGAAGUUUCGAAUCUUCGUAAAGAAAAUGGCUGUUUACACAUGUUUACGAAAUUCGCAACAGGAGAGGAUCUUUUCGGUCUAACCGAGCCAGCGAUCGUCAGAGUGUUAGAAAGUAUGCCCGGCAUUGAAACGUUGUCUGAUUAUAAAUUUAAAUACGGCCGGAAUCCCAUGUUAGAGUUACCGUUAGCGAUUAAUCCAUCUGGAGCGGCUAGAACCGAACCGAGAUUGAGGAGUCAGCUGCAUUGGAAGAGGCCUCAUACCCAACGUACCACGGGUGGAUUUUCGGUUAGACCAAUGUUCGGACCGUCACUAUCUGUACCUUCUUUUAGCACACAGACUUUGGGAGAGUUGGCCUGUCCGUAUAGCAAGCAAUUUGUACACUCUAAGAGUUCGCAGUACAAAAAAAUGAAGCAAGAAUGGAGGAAUAAUGUGUAUUUGGCAAGAUCAAAAAUUCAAGGGCUGGGUCUCUAUGCUGCCAGAGAUUUGGAGAAACAUACCAUGGUUAUUGAAUAUAUAGGAGAAAUUAUAAGGUCUGAGUUAGCAGAAAGUAGAGAAAAGCAAUAUGAAGCCAAGAAUCGUGGAAUAUAUAUGUUUAGACUAGACGAAGAACGAGUAGUAGACGCUACCUUAUGUGGUGGUUUGGCAAGAUAUAUAAAUCAUUCCUGUAAUCCGAAUUGUGUAGCAGAGGCAGUAGAGGUUGAUAGAGAUAUUCGAAUCAUUAUUUUCUCGAAACGGAGAAUAUUACGUGGAGAAGAGUUGGCAUAUGAUUACAAGUUCGAUAUCGAGGAUGACCAAAACAAGAUAUCUUGCAUGUGUGGCGCUCCCAACUGUCGCAAAUGGAUGAAUUAACAAGUUGAACGUUCCUUGAAAUCGUUUCUCAUAACUUUGUCAUGUAAAUAUAUUGUAUGUCGAUAUGCGACUGUUUAUAGUGCCAUUUUUAUCAUGUGCGUUUUAUACACAUUCCAUUUUCGUUGUAAAUGAAAAAAAAAAAAAAAAAGUUCGUUAACUUUAUUACUUUAUCGAUAAUAUAUUUUGAUAUACUAAAAAUAUAACAGUUGGGGACCAAAUAAUAAUAUUUCUUGAAUGCAAUAGUUGAUAGGUAACGUUGGGGAUACAUUGUUGUUUGUUUUUUAUUUCGUGAAACGUUUAGUGUAUUUUUCAUUAUCGGAUGAUGAUAGUCAGUGUAAUUCAAACAGGAAUCUACCUUUAGUAACUUAAUGAUAUAUAGCUUUUUUUACCACGUUAUAAAAAUAGAAGUAGCUUUAUUUGAACAAAACCGCGUUUUGAAAACAAUUUUUAGUAAAUUUAUUUUUCAAUCUUGUGUUAAACCAGGCACUGGCAACCUUUUUUUUCUUCCAGUAGACCGAACAGGCAAAUUUAUUAUAGAUCACGGGGCAGAACAAGAAAAAUUGAUAGUAUUUAGUUUUGAAAAAAAAAAUAUUUACAGCAAGAAUUGUAGACAUCAUUUACAUAUUUGUAUAUUUAUCUUAGAAGACGCACUUGGCGUAAAAUAAUUCUUGAAAAAUACUUCCACAAAGUAUACUGCUACAUACAUUCAAGUGUUACUUCUGCACGAUUCCGUUUCCUUUGCCUCCAUCACGUUAUAUGGUGCAUUAACUCUGAUUUACUCACACUAUUCGAACGGUAUAGAAACACAAUAAUAUUCAUUAGAGAAAAAAAUAGAAUAAUAGGUGGUACAUGCAAUAUGCUCAUCGAGAGGACGUGGUUAAACCACUUGCUCUCUUUAAUCAUUACACAUCCAAAUAUAAUUAAGGGUCUCAUCUUUAUUCUGCAGGAUGGGUCUAUUAAUGUACUGUAUACCUGCGCAUGCAUUCUUGAUUCAUACGUUCAUUGUUUUUCUAGGAAUAGGCGUGGUUCUAUAGAUUGUAUAGAUGGAUUUCAGUAGCAGCGUUGAUCUUAAGCAUUCUCUGCACUCGUGCCAUGUAGUUGCGGGGAUAAUUCCCCAUGAAUGGCCUUGAACGUUGAGGACCACAAUACUGUCUCUAUACUCACAUUGUUCACAGUCGUUUUCACGCCCUUCAGUGCAACUACGGCAAAUUUGAUUGAAAAGUAGGUCCGUGGAAUAAAUAUAAAUAUCUUAAACAGAAUUAAUUAAAAAAGUAAAUGUAAAUAUUCUUAAAAAAACAACUAAAACAUAAAUCUUCUUAAAAAAAGAUAUAAACCCUUUGUUUAAGACGCACAAUUAAUGUGUUUGUAAACUAUUAGGCAUGAUAAAAUUUGCUUGAGGAUGGCGUUUGACCUGCUAGUCGCAGGGUGCCCGUGCCUGUGUUAACCGAAUAUUUUAUUAAUUUAAAAACAAAAUAUUAUAGUUCUUUUUAAUUUGGGUAGUUGUAAAGUGUCUUGUGGCAGGCUUUUACUUAAAAUCGUAUUUGUUUUUAGUCCAAUUAUUACGUUGGAAAAAAGGGUAUUUUUAAUGCGAAAAAUACCGCUUGCGAUUUUAUCUAUUUUUAUGUAGUUAAAUUCAAAAUGGCGUCGUUAUAGCGGAAUGGGAAAGCUCACAACGGAGGAAAAAAUCGUUUAGAAUAUUCUAAAAGUCAAUGUAAGGUACUUUGAUGUAAAAUUUAUGAUUGAAAAACUUAAUAAUUGGACUAUUUUAAUAUAAUUGUUUACUUAUUCACCAAUAGGUGCUAUUUGAAUUAUUUAUUGAGUUGCACUGUGUAAUAUUAAACCACCUUCCUAAAUAUCAUUGUUGAAUAAAAUUUUAUGUACACCAUAUUUUUAGCUUUAGCAUCAAUUGGAAUUGUAGUAUUUACCUACGUGAAAAUAUUAAUACCAUGUUUGAUUUGUUUUUAUCAAUUGAUAAGUAUUAUCUAUUAUAUAUUUAUAAUAAAAACUGCCAAAGGAAAUAGCAGUUUUAAACUAAAAUUUAACUAGAAACUUCCUUGUAUGUCAUACAUCAUUAGUUCAACUUACUUUGAGAAUUGCUGUGCAAUAUUAACUUAUAGUUUAAAAAUGUAUCAUUACGAUUAUUUAAAGAAGACUUAGUCUGGAUUAUUAAUUUUAGUGGUUAAUUGUAUAUUUUGUAUUAGGCACUUAAAUACCUUAUUAUAUUUGACCGAUUGCUUUAUAUACAUUUUAUUGUAUACCAAUUAAUUGUUUUAGAAAAGUGACAAUCACUUGUAGUAGAAUAAUUUUUGUUAACAACACUACCUGAAUCGAUGGCAGUGUCUACAAGUUUUAUUUUUAUUGUGUAAAAUAUGUAAAUAGGAAAUAAA